UACCAUCUUAUAACAUUACCAAUGGAAAAAUUGGUAAUAAACGAAAUUUUGUCUUGUGCUGCAAGUUUUAAGCGUUUAAUCGAAUGUUAAUGUUUACACGUAGAAUUAAUGCUUAUGUGACCGCACGAAAAUAAUUCUAUUUUCAAAUACUGACAAAAUUUAUUGAAAUUCUGACAAAGUUUCCGAAAAAAAACACAUUGUCAGGUUUCAACGCUGCACGAUGGAUUCCAUUCCAAGAACGCACGAAGAUAUUGAAGCACAAAUAAGAGAGAUUCAAUCAAAGAAAAAAGAGAUUCAAAAUACGUCAACAGAGAAAGAGCAAGUAGGGCUAGGAAAAACUGGUUUCUAUGACCAAGACAUUUACGAUGGAAGUAAUAACAAAUACGAAGGCUAUGUCACUUCGAUUGCUGCUAAUGAUGAAAUUGAGGAUGAAGAUUAUGAACCAACUACUUUUAGUACUAAUAAAAGGCCUGGUUAUAAUGCACCAGCUGCAUUACUCAAUGAUGUUGCACAGAGUGAAAAGGAUUAUGAUCCAUUCGCGGACAGAAGACGACCUACAAUAGCAGAUAGGGAAGAUGAAUACAGACAAAAGAGGCGGCGAAUGAUUAUAUCACCUGAGCGUGUUGAUCCUUUUGCAGAAGGUGGUAAGACGCCAGACAUCGGUUCUAGGACGUAUACUGAGAUUAUGCGAGAACAAUUGUUGAAAGGAGAAGAAACCGAGUUACGUAAGAAACUAGCAGAAAAAGCCAAAGAGGGAACUUUAAAGGCAAAUGGUGAACCUAAACCUGCACCUAAGAAAAGGGGUCGUUGGGAUCAAACAGAUGAUGCUCCAACACCUAAGAAACCAUCUGGUACUGCUAUAGCGCCAACAUCUUGGGAUAAUGCAGAUGUAACGCCAGCUGCAAUCAGAUGGGAUGAAACACCUGGUCACGGUAAAGGUGGAGAAACUCCUGGUGCAACGCCAGGCGUAAGUACACGAAUGUGGGAUGCUACUCCAGGGCAUGCGACACCUGGUGCAGCUACUCCUGGUAGAGAAACUCCAUCUCAUGAAAAAACUGUUUCAAGCCGUAGAAAUCGAUGGGACGAGACGCCAAAAACUGAGCGUGAAACACCGGGUCACAGUAGUGGCUGGGCAGAGACUCCGAGGACAGAUCGAGUCGCGGGAGAUUUAAUCCAAGAAACACCAACACCGUCUGCCAGCAAGCGUCGAAGUCGAUGGGACGAAACUCCUUCAAAUCAGACACCUGGUUCUAUGACGCCGCAGACGCCAGCAACUCCUCUUACAACACCUCACCAAACUUCUAUUUUAACACCUAGUGGAGUGACACCAACUGGACCUAAAGCCAUGGGAUUGGCUACCCCAACACCUGGACACCUGAUGUCAAUGACACCAGAACAACUCCAAGCGUAUCGUUGGGAAAGAGAAAUAGACGAAAGGAAUAGACCACUUUCAGACGACGAAUUAGAUGCUUUGUUCCCACCUGGAUACAAAGUUCUACAACCGCCUGCUGGAUAUAUUCCAAUUCGUACACCCGCAAGAAAACUUACUGCUACGCCUACACCGAUAGCGGGCACACCACAAGGAUUUUUCAUCCAGACCGAAGACAAAACCGCGAAAUUCGUGGAUAAUCAACCUAAAGGAAAUUUACCUUUCAUGAAACCAGAAGACGCACAAUAUUUUGAUAAAUUAUUAGUUGACGUUGACGAAGAGACACUCAGUCCUGAAGAACAAAAGGAGAGGAAAAUUAUGAAGUUAUUGUUAAAAAUUAAAAACGGUACACCGCCGAUGAGGAAAGCUGCUUUAAGACAAAUAACUGACAAGGCAAGAGAAUUUGGCGCGGGUCCGUUAUUUAACCAGAUACUUCCUCUCCUUAUGUCUCCUACGUUGGAGGAUCAAGAACGUCAUCUUUUAGUGAAAGUUAUUGAUCGUAUUCUUUACAAAUUAGAUGAUUUGGUGCGACCUUAUGUACAUAAGAUUCUAGUCGUCAUCGAACCUUUACUCAUUGACGAGGAUUACUAUGCUCGUGUAGAGGGUAGAGAAAUUAUUUCUAAUUUAGCGAAGGCGGCAGGUUUAGCGACGAUGAUCUCCACAAUGAGACCAGAUAUCGAUAAUAUUGAUGAAUACGUGCGUAACACAACUGCGAGAGCGUUUGCUGUAGUUGCUUCAGCGUUGGGAAUUCCUUCUUUACUUCCGUUCUUAAAAGCCGUGUGUCGCAGCAAAAAAUCGUGGCAGGCUCGUCACACUGGUAUAAAAAUUGUACAACAAAUUGCUAUCCUUAUGGGAUGCGCUAUAUUACCACAUUUGAAGAGUUUAGUUGAAAUUAUUGAACAUGGUCUAGUCGACGAGCAACAAAAAGUUCGUACCAUCACCGCUUUGGCAAUUGCUGCUUUAGCCGAAGCGGCAACGCCAUAUGGUAUUGAAAGUUUUGAUUCUGUUUUGAAACCACUGUGGAAAGGUAUCCGUACUCACAGAGGAAAAGGUCUUGCUGCAUUCUUGAAGGCUAUUGGUUAUUUAAUUCCUCUUAUGGACGCCGAAUAUGCCAAUUAUUAUACUCGUGAAGUGAUGUUGAUUCUCAUACGUGAAUUUCAAUCUCCUGAUGAAGAAAUGAAAAAGAUUGUUUUAAAGGUGGUGAAACAAUGUUGUGGUACAGAUGGUGUAGAAGCGCAAUAUAUCAAAGAUGAAAUUCUUCCACAUUUCUUCAAACACUUCUGGAAUCAUCGAAUGGCUUUAGAUCGUAGGAAUUACAGACAGCUCGUAGAUACAACCGUGGAAAUUGCAAAUAAAGUUGGUGCAUCAGAAAUUAUAAAUCGUGUAGUAGAUGACUUGAAAGAUGAAAAUGAACAAUACAGAAAAAUGGUUAUGGAAACUAUUGAAAAAAUCAUGGGUAAUUUAGGAGCUGCUGAUGUUGACUCUCGCUUAGAAGAACAGCUUAUAGAUGGUAUUUUAUACGCUUUUCAGGAGCAGACGACGGAAGAUGUAGUAAUGUUGAAUGGUUUUGGUACAAUAGUAAAUACAUUAGGAAAGCGAGUGAAGGCAUAUCUUCCACAAAUAUGUGGUACAAUAUUAUGGAGAUUAAAUAACAAAUCUGCAAAAGUGAGACAACAAGCUGCUGACUUAAUAUCAAGAAUUGCUGUUGUUAUGAAAACGUGUCAAGAGGAAAAAUUAAUGGGCCAUUUAGGUGUUGUCCUCUAUGAAUAUUUAGGUGAAGAAUAUCCGGAAGUACUAGGUAGCAUCUUAGGCGCAUUAAAAGCUAUCGUUAAUGUCAUAGGAAUGACAAAAAUGACUCCGCCAAUUAAAGACUUGCUGCCACGACUUACUCCUAUAUUGAAAAACAGACAUGAAAAGGUACAAGAAAAUUGUAUUGACCUCGUAGGUAGAAUUGCAGAUAGAGGUCCCGAAUAUGUAUCCGCCAGGGAAUGGAUGAGAAUAUGUUUCGAAUUAUUGGAACUACUCAAAGCCCACAAGAAGGCGAUUAGAAGAGCUACAGUAAAUACAUUUGGUUACAUCGCGAAGGCAAUAGGACCUCACGAUGUAUUGGCUACAUUGUUGAAUAAUUUGAAAGUACAAGAACGACAGAAUCGUGUAUGUACCACGGUAGCUAUAGCUAUCGUUGCCGAAACUUGCAGUCCAUUUACAGUACUUCCGGCGUUAAUGAACGAAUACAGAGUACCGGAGUUAAACGUACAAAAUGGUGUAUUAAAAUCUCUAUCCUUUUUAUUCGAAUAUAUUGGUGAAAUGGGAAAAGAUUACAUUUAUGCUGUGAGUCCACUAUUGGAAGAUGCACUCAUGGAUAGGGAUUUAGUUCAUAGACAAACCGCAUGUGCUGCGAUUAAACACAUGGCGUUGGGAGUUUAUGGAUUUGGAUGCGAGGAUGCGUUAAUACAUUUAUUGAAUCAUGUAUGGCCAAAUGUUUUUGAAACUUCGCCACAUUUGGUACAAGCUUUCAUGGAUGCAGUGGAUGGUUUACGUGUCGCUCUUGGACCAAUUAAAAUACUGCAAUAUACUUUACAGGGAUUAUUUCACCCAGCACGAAAGGUACGAGAUGUAUAUUGGAAAAUUUAUAAUUCUCUUUACAUAGGUGGACAAGAUGCUCUUGUGGCUGGUUAUCCUCGAAUUAUGAAUGAUCCAAAGAAUCAAUAUAUUAGAUAUGAAUUGGACUAUGUUUUGUAAUAGAAUCAGUAGGUAUAUGUAAAACAUGUGUACCAUACAUUUAUAUGAUCUUCGUAAAAGUGUCAUUGGCUUAUUGUUUAUAAAUAGUUGUGCUAUAUAACUGUCUGUUACAUGAUACAUAAGAUAGACAUCUACAAUGAACUUUGAAAGUAUUUAUUUCUUGGACUUCUUUUAACAAGUUAUACACAAAUUUUUUUAUUAGAAAUUCAUUCUAGACUUACUUAAAAAGAAAUAUAUGUCAGUCCUUAUAAAUAAAAAGUUUCAUAUCAUAAGCAAUAUUAAAUUUAUUACAUUUUAAAAAUCACUUAGUUGUUCCCUUAAAUGCUCAUAAGUGGUAAAGCUAAUAAUAAAAAUGAAAAAGAAUUCUAUUUUUCAUAAAAGCAAUAUUUUAAACCAAACACAUGAUCAAGAAUUAUCUAACACUUUAUUUUCAAGUAAUUAAAUAAAACUAGUGGCAAUGGAUGUUUAAAUAUUUGUUUAUAAUUUGUAAGAGAAUUUGAUAUUUUAUUAGCGUAUAUCGUGGAAAAUGUCCACGUAUUGAACUUGUGUACGGAUAUUACAAUUUUUAAGUAUUAUUAGAGAAUACAGUCAUAUUUGCUUUAUAUAAUCUCUUGCUAUGAAACAUACUUCUUGAUCAUAAUAAUUUUUGUAUCAAAAUUGCAUGUGAAAUGUUUGUCUCUCCAAAUACAUUCUUGUUUACUUUGGCAUAAAGCAUUAUGCAUAUAAACACAUAUAAUAUCAUUAUAUUUACGACAUUCCUUGAUUAUUUAUGAUUUCAAUACAAUUCCUUUAGUUUCAAUACUAGUAGGUACGUGAUACGAAUUAUUUCAGCUCCUACGUUCGAAUUGGAAACCAAGCAAAAUUUAAAGACCAAGCUCUUUAUGUCCUCAAAAUAUUUUAAUAAUAUAUGAAGGCCUUUUACUUAAUAGCACUUUUGUAUACGUACAUAUCCGCAAAAUAUCAUAAUAGGAAAUAUACAAUGCUAUUAGAAAAAGAAAUAGUUAUACUAAUACGAUUAAAAAGAUAUCUAAACACAAAUUACGAUUUGUGAAACAUUCAAAAUAUUAAACAGAUAUUGAAAUAUAUAUAUAUGAUUAAUUUAUAAGAUGCUUUAAAAUAUUUCAAACGAACGACGUUGUUUAAGAUUUCAUUUUCACUUGCAAUGUGUAUAACACGCAUUAAUUAAAAUGACAAUAUGAUUCUGAAGUUAAAAUAAAAAGUCUGAUGAUGAAAAUAAUACAAGUUAUUGUUAUUAUAUUUUUUAUAUUAACUAUUUCAGUAUGAUUUUUAUAUAAAUCAUUUGUUUGAAAAACCUUUGGUAUAAGAAGUACGCAAAAUUGGUACUUGAUGUAGUAAAACUUGGUAUGAUAGAAACGUAAAGAAUAGCUGAUCAUAGAAUCACAUUGAUACAUUGUAUAUAUACACAUUAUAAAAAUUAUUUUCAAGCUAAGUACUUAUUAAUGAUUAUGAAUUUGCAAGAACCAUAUAUAUUAUAUAUAAUAUCAUAAAGAUGCUCUUUUUAAUUUCUUCAAAUGUACUUUUCAUUUAUUUUUUUAUUUCGGAAUUUUAAAAAUCAAAUUCGAUUACGAAAAUUACGGUAUAUAAAAAUGAUUUUUUAAUUCCACCAUUAGCACCAAACACGCAUUUAACCAUAAUAAAGUUUUCUCUAUGAAAUCUAUGAACAUAAACUUCGAUUCCACAACUUACAAAUACUAUAUGUGAUUCUAUUAAAAUAUGAUUUUAUGAUUUGUAAAAUAUCUUUAUGGUGUUUUUUAAAAAAAUUGAUUAAAAUGAUAAUAUAAUCGUAGUGUUAAGUAGGUUACUCCUUACACCGAUAAAACUUAAUAAGUAACGAAAUAUACGUACACGGCUAUCGCAAAAGUAUUAAUUUGAAAAAAAAAAAAA